AGGAGGAGGGAGAGUGAGAGAGAGAACGAGGGGAGUAAGAAAGAAAGAGAGAGAGAGAGAGAGAGAGUAGAAAAAAACUGCAACAACAAAACAAUGCAAAGAAAUCACGGACCUACUUUGCUUAGUUUCGUCUGACGCAGACACAACGUCUCCCUGCUCCGAAGCACUGCACGGCCGCCAUCUUGCCGCGUUGCAUGCUGGGUAAGGACACAAGACAAGAUGGCGACAAAGCUGGGGUGGCCGUGGAUGAAGGUAAAUUUUCUGUCCAGGUUUUUUCGUUCUUCCUCCUACGUCUAGAGAUCCAAAAUAAUCGAGCUUCUUCUGAUCGGAUGUUUCAAUAUUGUUUUGUUGCUGCCGUUUGAUUAAUACAACUUACUGCUAUUGGAGUAACUACUACCGAUCUCCUUCGAAAGACAUGAAAAUUGGAAUACGGGUCAGUGACUAUUAUGAAUGUAUGCAAAGUUCAACAUGGAUAAAACAAAUAGUGGCCACAAGAUGUAUUGUUUCUACUGAAAAAACCAGAAAUACCUCAUUGUAUUCUGCAUAUAUUUCUAUCAAGAAAAGAAGCCAGCUGAUUCACUAGGAUGAAGUCGAACCGUCGUAAGCAAACAAAACCAAACCGAGUUUCUUAUAGUGCAGAUUUGGAUUCUGGAGAAACUGUAUCAAAACAGUUUGAAAACCCUCCAGACUAUGAUUUGGAAGACUGUGGAGAGAGGCUGACCAAUGAUGAAGACGACACCAGCCAACUGAAGGAAGAGGCUGCUGAUAAUUUCUCUUCUGGCCAAAGUUGUCCUGAACUCUUACCAUCAGUGUCUCCACAACCACAAGUACCACAGUUACAGCAAUUACCUCCCUUACAACUACCACAACAACAGCUAGGGCCAGUGCCACCACCACCACCACCACCACCACCAGCAAUACCACUACCACUACCAACAUUACAACAACUACCACCUCAACAGUUACCUCUCCAACCGCCAGCUCCAAUACACAUACCACCACAGUUAUCACCACCACAGCUGUCAACACAGUUAACUCCAUUAACCCCACAACAUAUAGUACCACACCCAUUACCUCCACAGCAAAUAUCACCCUCUCAAAUAUCACCUUCACAGAUAUCACCUCCACAGGUAUCGCCCCAACAUAUACCUGCGCAAAUAUCCCAACAACAGUCUCCAUUACCGUCACCACAUCAUCAACAACACUCACCACCACAGCAACAAUCAACUGUACCUUCACCAACACCACCACCACCACUACUACUACCACCACCACCACAACCACCACAACAACAACAGCAACAACAACAACAACAACAACAACAGCAGCAAUCACAACCACCACCACAACAACAACAACAACAACCACUGCUGGAACCUGAAAAAGAACUACCACCCCAAGAAAACCACAUCAGUGGUUUCAAACCAGAACAUUGGCAGACAUUUCCAACUGAAUACCAUCGCUUAGCAAAUGAACUCCAGCAAAGUAUAAAACAACAGUCCAAUGGUCAGAAUGGCUUGGAGCCAAUAGGCACACUUACAAUAGUGCCCUCUUCUGUGCCUCUUUCCAGCAUACCAGGCCUUGAUCCCACUGAGGCAGAAUCCAAAGACUCAACUGGUGAACUCAGUAUAAAAAAUGAUGGUACCCGGAUAUUUCAUCCUGAUGCCUACUGUGAAAUAUGUGAUAGAGAAUUUUGUAACAAAUAUUUUCUGAAAACGCAUAAAGCUAACAAGCAUGGUAUCUAUGAGAAUGCACCGUCACCAUUUUCAAUGAACACAUUUCCUUCAAUGAUUCCUCCCCCUCCACCUCAGCAACAGCCGCCUCAAGAGCAAAUUGUCACACCAUCAUCAUAUAGAUUAGAUCCUCAGUCACAGAAUCAGAAAAUAAUUACUGAAGGCAGUGUCAAUCAAGACUUGGAAGACUAUUGUGAGUUAUGUCAGAAGCACUUCUGCAACAAAUACUACCUCAAAAAACACAAACAGGAUGUUCACGGCAUUGCGCCGGAGAGCUGCAACAAUUUCAGACGUAUACGUCCAGUCGACAUCCCUACGUCCGUCGCUGUUACCUCGUCAUCCAUUAUUGUACCUCAGUCCAUGGCCAGCAUGCCUAAUAUGGCUGGUGUUAUGGUGUUGAACCCUUUUGUACCUCCUGUAGCGAUAAUCCCAGCACAGCCUCUGUUGCACCAGCCCCAGCCGCAGAUGCAACCACACAAUAAUUCAGUCCUUUCUCAGCCCAUCGCCACUCAACACAUGGAAGCUGCACCAACACAACAGAUACCAUCUCCUCAACAGAAGCAACAACAAAUGCAAAACCAGCAGCAGAUUCAAAACCAACAACAACAGCAGCAACCACAACUGCAAAAUCCACAGCAACAACUACAGAAUCAACAACAACACUCACCAUUGCAGAACCACCAACAGCAACAUCAGCAACAGCAUUUGCAGAAUCACCAGCAACAAUUACAAACUCAACAAUUGCCGAAUCACCAGCAACAACAGUUGCAAACACAGCAGCAACAACAAUUACAGAAUCACCAACAAGUGCUGCAGCAGCAAAUACAAAAUCACCAACAACAAAUACAAAACCACCAACAACAACAACAAACACAACAGCAGCAACCUCUACCACUACCACUUCCACCACCAGCAUCUCAGUCCUCACAAUCGCAGCCACAGCCACCAUCAUCAAGUUCCGCCCCGCCAGCACAACCCAUUGCAAGUGAUGCACUUCGUAGUAUUGGGGUUCUAAAUGCAGAAGCGUACUGUGAGAUUUGUCGUAAAGAGUUCUGCAAUAAAUAUUUCCUAAAGAUCCACAAAGCCAACAUGCAUAAUAUUUAUACUGACGAGAUGAAACCACAGCUACAGCAACCACAAAUUUCGUCCAGAAUAGCUACUGAGUCUGAACAUCCUGAUGUGAAACAGGAACCAGGACUUAUUAGAGACCAAGGAAAAGAAGAUGCAUUGUCUGGGCGUGUAUCUCAGGAGCAAGGAAUGCCUCUUGUCAUGAAACCAAAGGACAUGGGAAUGAAGGAUGCAGAACAGAUGAAAGAGCAAAUGCUCGCCAAAGAAGCUAUUAGUUUAAGCAAGGAUCUCACAAACCUGAAAGAUCCUUCUGUUCUCAAAAAUCUAGCACUUAUGAAGGGGUCUGGAACAAACGAUAUUCCUCAAAAUCUCUUGACAAGUACUGGUAUUAACGUGUCCCAGUCCAGCAUGAUCAGCUCUGUGGUGGGCCUGUCCCAGAACAUUCUUUCAAAUUCCAACAGUGAGUGUUAUGUCACUUACUGCAACAUCUGUAACAGAGAAUUCUCAAGCAAAUACAGCUACCGCAUUCAUCGCAUGAACGUGCAUGGUGUCUUUCAUGAAACACCUUCCAAGAGCCAUCCGCUGGAUGGUCAGUUACCAAGUGACAUGUCUGCACGGAUUAAAUCCAUGCCUGGAUUUGUUGGCAGCGACAUGAGAAAUGGAAACAGUGUCACUGACAGCAGCGGAAUGCCCACACUCUUUGGAAACAUGAUUGCAGCAAAGCUUGCAGAUCGCGUUACCUGCGACAUCUGUAGCAAAGAGUUGUGCAAUAAGUAUUUUCUUAAGAACCACAAGCUAAAAGUACAUGGAAUUGAUAUCAUGUCUGCUGAGAAGGAGAACAAGCAGAGUGAGGGGAAAUCACUUUCUCCUAAGCUGAAUUUGUUUAAAGAUAAUCAAAAGGAAUACAUACGUGAUAUUAUUCGAGAUCAAGCAAAAGAGCUAGCCUUAUUAGAGAUGCAGAAAGUUGAUAUGAAUGGCAAAGAGUUUCUGACCUCAAUGAGUAAUAUUGAGAAACCUGACCACCAUGAACUGGUUAAAAUGGGCAUUGACCCAGAAGCAUAUUGUGAAAUCUGCAAAAAAGAGCUGUGCAGUAAAUAUUUUCUCCGAACCCACAAGUUGAACAUUCAUGGCAUCAAGUCAGAUAGAAUUGACAGUAAAACCAUUGAUAAGAUGCAGUUACCUCAGCCAAAUAAAAAGUUGAUAAAUAAUUUAGCUGUGAGUAUGAGCGUGGAUGGUUUUCAACCAAAUGAAAGUUUUGAAAAACAUACAUGGCGAUGGAAAGAACCAGUGAAUUCUUCUCGUGUGAUUUGUGACAUCUGUAACAAGGAGUUGUGCAACAAGUAUUUCUUACGAACUCAUAAGCUGAACAAGCAUGGAAUCUUACCAACAGCUGAGGAACAGAAAAUCACUCCAAGCCCUUCCAUGCGGUCUUCUCCCGUAGACAGUGGUAGCAUUGGUAAUGCCUCCCCUGGAAGUCAAAAUGAGAAGCUAUCUGAUGGCUUUUCAAUUUUACCUAACAGCUUGUCAGAUUCCUGCCUCACUAACUCUGAUUCCAAAUUAUUGAGCCAUCAUCAACAAAAUCCUGAUGAGGUCAAAAUCAAAACAGAACAGCUUGAUGAUACCCCUGUUAACAAUAGGUAUUACAACCAUUUCACUGAAGUUUGCAAACUGUGUGACCGACGAUUUAAAAAUGAAAAGUGGCUGCAUGCUCAUGUUUUAAAGGAUCAUGGGGUAUCUUUACCUUCAGACAAUAAAUAUGUACCUUUAGAAGCUCAGAUGUGCCAGUUCUGUUUCAAAGUAUUUCCAAAUAGCAUUAGCCUUCAGAUGCAUGUCUUGAAUGAUCAUAAAGCUGAGGUAAGUGCAAAACCUGAUUUUUCACCACCGCAUCACUUUGGUGGUCCUUUGCACAACAGUCUCAGCUGGGGAAAUAGCUUACGAAGAAAGUACUCCCGUGGUGGCAAACCAAAGCUAUACAGUUGUGUUCACUGUGAUUACAAAACAAGGUGGCUUUCAAAUAUAUAUUCUCAUGAAGAACGCAAACAUAGCAUUAUUAAGGGCACUGUUGGGAGGUUCACCUGCAAAACCUGCCUUAAAUCAUUCCUUUAUGAACAUUCUCUCAUCCGCCAUAUCACAGAAUAUCAUGCAAAUGAUAUAAAAGAAUCCCGACCCCGACCAAAAGGCAUCCGUAUCAAAAAGUUUAAGUGUGCCAAAUGUGGCAUUAAAUAUUUGAGUAAGAAAGCAUGUCAGAUGCAUAUAAGGGAAGUGCAUGUUAAAAAAUCCAAGUUGACAUCAGAUCUUGAACCAUCAGAAGAUAAUGGAUUCUAUUCUUGCAGACAGUGUGAUUUUACAUGCAGUUUUGCAAAAUUGUUGCAAAAGCAUAUGGCUUUUAACCAUGGGCCAAAAAUGUCACCUUCUUCAAUGCCUUCUGAAGAUAUUGAUGAAGAUUUAAAAGAACCCAAUUCAUCUUCUCCUCGAACUCAUAACAACAUCAGUAAUUAUCCUGAUGAAGAGCAACUACCUUCAACUAAAGCAACACCUGCAACAGAUAAUGAUGACAACAACAACAACAGCAAUAUUAACAAUAGCAGUAUCAACAACUGUGACAUGGAUUCUACCGAAAAUGAUGGUUAUGGUUGUAGAAGUACUGACAAUAAGUCACAAACUCCUUUUAUUAUGCAAGCAUUUCAUUUAGAAAAUAAUUUAGUGGAUACAAACUUUAUUCCUUCUGUUGUACACAUGCCGGUUCGCCAGCGUGUAACAGAACCUGUUACACUCACUCUCACCUUGGUACCAGCUGAGCCUUAGUAUGAGCUCACAAUCAUUAAAAUUCUUAAACAUACAUCCCAUCCACACUCUCCCACAUGUAUACAAGCAUACAUACAUGUUAGUUUAUCUACUGAUAUUUUACUAGGGAAAUUCAGUCAUAACAGGAAGAAUCUUAACUCCUAAAGAGUGUUAACUGAGGCAAGAGAAAAUAUACUGCAAACUACCAGAAUUGUGUAGGUCUAUCUAGCAUGAGACUUUGGCUGGUUGAUUGGCUAGUUGCUCUUUGAAAACAGUGUAUUAAAUAAAAGUUUUAUGUGCAAUUUCUCACCCACCUCAACAUUUGCAUUUGGCUUGAUCUAUAUACAGAAUUUGUUUUUUAUAAAAUAUAACAAAAAAAUAAAAUAAAAAAGAUUUUGGAGAAAUAAGAGCAGAGUGAAAGGUCAAGAAAAUAAAUCUUUCAUACAUGCAUAUAUAUAUAUGUAUAUAUAUCUAUAUAUCUAAAUAUAUAUACAUACAUGCAUACACACAUGUGUGUGUGUGCUCUGUAUGUACAGCACAUACAAAACUUGGUUGUUCCUUAGAAGGCAGCAAGACAACCUCUUGUAUAUUCUUAGAUCAUGAAUCUCAGUAUUCUGUAAUUCCAUUAUUAAAAAAAAAAGAAUAUAAUUAGUUACCUUUCCUCUCUCUUGCUCUGCCUUUCCAAAACAACAACACUAACAAUAAAACCAACAGCAACAGUAUGCUUAAAGCAAGCAGACAAAAUACAAAGUUUCAGAAAACAUUUCUAACAAAGCCUCAACUACAACACCUAACAAAAAGUGAAACAAAAACAAUUAUCAUCCACAACUGUAGAGCAAAGGCAGAUGCCACAAAUGAUGGAAUUUCUUCCUGUUUUAUCAUGAGAUGGGAGUUUUUAAAACAAAUAAUUAAUAAUGGCCAGCUUUGUUUGGCAUCUGCACUAUUUUUAUAUAUGUGUCUAUACCUCAGUCUUUGAGGAAAUGCGCACUGCGAUUUGCCACAGAAUGGUCUUGAAAGAGGAGUCUUCUAUCUAAGGUAAAAUAAAGGAAAAGAAUGAAAAUUGAAACAAACUAUAAAAAGUUUUAAAAAAUUAAAAUAAAA